AUGUCGAACCCUGACGAUCUAGAUGAUGGACUAAUAUACGACUACAGUUCGAGCGGAGAACAAGCAGAAGAAGAUGACAGUACAGUUAUAUUACCACAAGAUGAACCAAUGGAGAAAAAUAAUAAUACUGAAAAGAAAAGAACUGCUGUAGACGUUAAGGACGAAAGUUCUAUGUCAAAAAGACAAAAAAAAUUAGCCAAAAGAUCUAAAUUUACAGAGAAAAAAAAAGAAUUACGUGAAUAUGAAAUUAGUAAGAAACAAAACCUUCCUAAAUCUACACCUGAAGAAAUAUCAGAAUAUUUCACAACCUUAAUUGGUGCAAAAAACCCUGAUCUAAGUGCUUUGGAACUAGAAGAAAAAUAUUUAAAAAAGACUGACUUUCUUUCUACUGCAAGAUAUACAAAUGAAAGAACAUUAGAGAAUUUCCCAGAUUUUAUAAAACAAUUUUCCAAGGCACCAAAGACAAUUGUUUUCUCAUUAACUAAUCUGCGUGUGGCCGAUGUCUUUAGAACUUUAAAUACAGAAAGACAAUGCGUCAAGUUAUUUGCUAAGAACAAAUUAAAGGACGAUCAAAAAACGAUUGAUAUGGUAUUUGACAGUAAAAAUAAGAAAUUUUCAAAUAUCAGAUAUUUUGUUUGUACUGCCACAAGAUUAAAUAAAAUUAUUGAAUCUAGUGAUGCAUUUUUCCAAGGUAAAGAUAAAUUAGAUAUCAUCCUUGACGCUAGUUUCCUAGACCCUAAAGAAAACACACUGUUGACAGCAGAUGAUGCGAUUGUGUUAGCUAGUACAUUAAGAACUUUAUUGGAUAAGAAAAGUUCUGUUAAAAUCCUCUUAUAUUAG